AUGGAGCUCACCACCAUCUGCCUUACCGCUCUUAUCAUAGGUUUCCUUCUGAUUGGAAACUCGCCAAUCCAAAUGCCACCAGAAGCCUGGGGCUAUACUCUUGCUACGGUAUUCUUUGCCGUUAUCGGAGGCGCGUCAUUCUUUGGUCAGAUCAUCCAUACGGCCUUUCCAGAGCUUCAGAAAACACAUGACACCCCCGGAGACUACUUUGAACAUCUAUCAAGGGUCUUUUAUUACGGCCGAGGCAAGUUCAGGUUCGGCAUCUGUUGUAACCAAGAGGGGCAUUGUAUACCUUGUAUUGAUCUUCAGAAUGAGGAAAAUGAGCAUAUUCAAGCCUUUCUGAGAGCGAGGCACCAUAGGCUUGACAUGAGAAUGAAAGAAGCUUCUGCGAAAAAAGAGGAGCGAGGAGUCAAUUAUUAG